AUGCGUUUUAAUUUGAUUUUAUGCUUUGUGGUGUGUGUGGCCAUAUCUACAAUUCAAUGUCAAGCAUUUAAAGCUUCAAUUAAUAAAAAUGGCUUAGGGCAUAGACGGCGUGAUUUAAAUGGUAUUGAAAAGAAAAUAAACCUAUUUGCUAGACAAGCACCAAUUUCAACGGCGAAUUCACCUAAACAAGCACCUAACCCUUCCGGGGCUGUUGCAAACGUCGCAAAAUCCACACCUAGUACAAAUGUUGCAAACGUCGCUCCUAAAAGCCCAAUAACUACACCCGCCGCCCAUGCUGCGCCUACUGGUGUAUCUGCCGCAUCUGUUCCAUCUGUCGCUCCUGCUGCACCCAAAGCAUCUGGUGCAUCUGUUGCAUCUGUCGCUCCUGUUGCAGCCAAAGCAUCUGGUGCAUCUGUCGCAUCUGUUGCUCCCGUUGCUCCUGUUGCUCCCAAAGCAUCUGGUUCUCCUAGUGCACCUGGUGCUAGCACGACUCAACCCUCUAAUAACUUGUCAAAAAAUAAUAGUGCCACUGAUACCACUACCACCUCAAAUGCUUCAUUUAAUUGUUUAAACAGUAUGUUGAAGUUCGGAUUUUUAAUUGUCAUGGUUGCUUUCGGAAUUCUUGCAUAA